AUAAACAAACAUUUGUUUGCUGCUGGUGUUGUGGAAAGAAUGGAUUUAAAAAUUGAACUAUUUGAAACGGUACCUUGUUUGCUGUGUUUAAGCAGUCAGGAACACGCAAACUCUCUUUGCAGCGAGCUGGAACCGAAGGUGAUCUCGGUUUUGUGUCGCCAUUUCUGGUUCACUGCAGAGGACAUCCAGCAAAAGUACGUAUGCAGUGCGUGCUGGGAGCAGGUGGACGAAUUCAACACCUUCUACGAGCUAAUAGAAAGAAUACACCAUGCAGAAGAACAGAAUCAACACGAUGGAAGCAAACUGGAACCGUUACCAACGGAAGAUUCGUGUGCGUACACGGAAAGCCCAGAAACAGAUGAAAUUCACGAAUCCUUUCCAGAUGAUUCAGACUCGGAAACUGUUGUUAUUGAAACAGAAGAAUUGAAUUUGGAAGAAGUCAGUGGGGAAAGUGUCGUUCUUACAAUCGAACGGAAUACCAAAGAAUCUCCCCAACAAAGUGAUGAGAUCGAAACAGGACCAAACUUUAACAAUGUGAUCGAAUUCGAGCACCACGAAGAGUCUGAAGAUGCGACGCCUAACGGGCCAGAAGUGACGGAGAGCUAUAAAUGUGACCAGUGUGAUCGCGUGUACCCCAAGCGGCAUCUGCUAAAUAGACAUCGAAAGCAGCACGUUGCUGAAAAUGGCUUACAAUUCGCAUGUUCCGAAUGUGGAAACGAAUACUUAUCAGAAACGCGGCUACAGCAGCACAAAAAGCGUGUCCAUGGGCCAGGAUUUAUGUGUGACGCCUGUCCAAAGUGGUACAAAACUGGGGAAGCGUUGCGCCGUCACCAAAAAGAUAGCCACAAUCCGUACGAAACGGAGCGGGUAGAAUGCCACAUAUGCAAACGAUGGUUGAAAAACAAGGGCAGCCUCAGAAAACACUUGAAUCGACACAAAACGAGCGGAAUGCAAAACGUGUGCGAGAUCUGUGGAAAGGUCGCACCCACGCAUACGGCACUGAAAAGCCACAAACUGUUCGUGCACAAGAUGCAAAAGUCUUACCAGUGCAACGUUUGCUACAAAGCUUUCAAACGAGCAUUCACAUUGGAGGAGCACAUGACGAUACACACAGGCAGCACGUUGUACAAAUGUCCGCACUGUCCGAAAACGUUCAACUCGUCCGCCAACUUGCAUGGGCACAAGAAAAAAGCGCACCCGAAAGAGUGGGAAAGAAGCCGCAUUGAGUAUGAGAAGCGAUUUCUGAAACAGCGUUUGGAAUCCAGCAGCAGCAGCAGCAGUGCGAUAACGAGCGUCAUGCGGCCACGUAAGACGAUCCUGCUGGUCGGCGUGUUGGUCAUCUGGGUGUUGAUGACUUAUCUCGCGUUUAUGCGCUCCGUCCGGGGGACGGACGGUUCGCGACCCCGGCCCGCCUUCGCUAGCAACAAGCUGAUGCUGGAAAAGGUGCAGGACUUUGAGCAGAAUCUGAAAAGCUUUGCCGACAGCCGGCAGAAUUUGUACCGUGACAUUAUGAACAUUCUGCGGCGGACCGACAAGGUAUCGAGCGUUCCGGCGCAACCGAUCCCGGCUGUACCGUCGCAAGAAUCUCCCGGCCUGGCUGUGCUGGAAGCGGAGCUGCCGAAAGCACGACAAGCACCACCGGCAGAGGAAGAGGAUGGGAAAGAUGUAUUGGGCGUGCCGGCACCGCUCGCCCCCAUACCCGAGGCAGAAGACGGACGGCCCGAGGUGGAGCGGGUGCUGAGCAAGUUUCAGCAGCGCUAUCUCAACAACGAUCCGGCCUUCCCCGUCAUCCCGGUGGUCGUGUUCGCGUGCAACCGUAUCUCCGUCAACAAGUGUCUGGACGAUCUGAUACGCUAUCGACCGAGCGCGGAACAGUUUCCCAUUAUCGUGUCGCAGGACUGUGACGAUGAGGCGACACGCAACACCAUCCUCUCGUACCGGGACGAGGUGACGCUGAUCCAGCAGCCGGACCAGUCGGACAUACCCGUGCCGCCGAAGGAGAAGAAGUACAAGGGGUACUACAAAAUCUCGCGUCACUACGGCUGGGCGCUUCGGGCCGUCUUCGGGCAAGGGUUCGAUUCGGUGAUACUGGUCGAGGACGAUCUGAGCGUGGCGCCGGAUUUUUACGAGUACUUCCUCGGCACCUACCCGAUACUGAAACGCGACAAGUCGCUGUGGUGUGUGUCGGCGUGGAACGACAAUGGGAAGGAGGGAUUAAUUGAUACGACCGCGCAUGAUCUGCUCUAUCGGUCCGAUUUCUUCCCCGGGCUGGGAUGGAUGAUGACGAAAGAUCUGUGGGACGAGCUGGAACCGAAAUGGCCGAAAGCAUUCUGGGAUGAUUGGAUUCGUCAGCCGGAGCAACGCAAGGAGCGGGCUUGCAUACGGCCGGAACUGCCCCGGACGAGAACGUUUGGCAAAAUUGGUGUAUCGAAUGGUCUAUUCUUUGAUAAACAUCUAAAGUUCAUCAAGCUCAGCGAAGAGUUUGUUAGCUUUACCAAAACGAACCUUUCCUAUCUGGUGAAGUCUGCAUACGACGAUGCGUUCCUUAAAACCGUGUACCAGAGUCCGGUGGUAACGCUGGAUGAACUGAAGCGUGGCAUGGUAAUGACGCGUGAGCCGAUUCGCAUAGCGUACCACACCAAAGAGCAGUACAAACGGGCCACCAAAAACCUCGGCCUGAUGGACGAUUUUAAGAGCGGCGUACCGCGGACGGCCUACCGGGGCGUAGUUUCGUUCUUCUACAAUGGCCAGCGGGUGUAUCUGGCGCCGAGUGCAAACUGGAAGGGUUACGAUCUCACCUGGAGUUAACAGAGCGCUCCACUGCCCAGCCUGAUCUAGCAGCGCAGCAUUGUUAUCGUUUUGCUGCGCAACCUGUUUCCACGUGCGUUCGCUUCCGUGAAGAACUGACUUUUCUUACACACCAACACACACCGCACGCGUGGUAGAGGAAACACAGCACGAUGUCGUGGUGGCCUUUUUUUUUUUUUUUUUUUUUGUUUUAGCGUAAAUGUUGUAGGGGACGUUUAAAAAUGGAUUUCAAAAUUCACAUCGAUUGCUGACGUGGUGGUAUGAGUGAUGCAACAGCAAAAGCAA